AAAUCUUAUAGGAGUGAAGGGAGGCCAUUUUUGUUUUAGUAUGAUCAGUGUAGCUUAUUUCAGUGCUAGUUCUCCUGUCAGAACUUCCACAGACACAUUACCAGUGGAUGGGCUCUUUAUGCGCAAAUCUUUUCACAAUUAAUGCAAUGCUGCAUCAGUUUGUGGUCCUGGCAAAGCAUAACUAGUUUGCUACAUAGAAAAAUCUUACUGGUUUAAUUAUUAAUAGGGGAGAAUAAUUUGGUUGUGUUGUGCUUAAUGCCAUAUAUCUUAACACUGCUGUCGGAAGCCUGAAUAAAGGAAGUGGACUGUGGUAGCUUCCAAAAGCAGAUUGUUUUGUGCUUAAUGCUAUAUAUCUUAGUGCUGCAGCAUACAGCUACAGUCACACUAACAUUCCCAGAGAAAUUUUGUGGCUGAUGUUAGAAAUGAACAGAGCAUCCAUCAAAUAUAUGUUAGUGCAGGGAUGCUAGGAAGAUCACUGGCUUCCCCUCUCUUGACCUUUGAUUCUGCAGCACGCUCAAGCUGUGUUACUCCUGAUCUUGUAACAGCUGCUCCUAAUGCUGCAUGUCUGAACGUCAACUCCUUAGCUCUUCCAUCAAAUGUAACCCGAGGAUACUGUACCUCCCAUUUUUCUCCUAAGAAGUGGGCAAUUCAAUCCACUGCACAGGCUGACAACGCAACUUUUAGUAAUGAAGACAGGAAGACAUGGGAAGCAUGCAGAGAAGCUCUGUCUGCAUUUAAUUUCAAUGCUGAGGAGAAAGACAAGAUACUUGGAAAAGCAUUUGGUCACGUCCAUUCUCCUUACUGGGGUGAACAACGAAAACUAGAAGUCCCCAAAUUUGAAAUUGUUUGUGAAACGUUGGAUUAUCUGAGGAACCUUGGUCUUUCAGAAGAUGACCUCUUUAAGUUGCUCAAAAAGUUCCCUGAAGUCCUUGGUUGUAGCCUUGAACAAGAAUUGAAAACUAAUGUGAAGAUCCUGGAGAAAGAUUGGGGAAUAAAAGGAAAAUCCCUGCGAAAGCUUCUUCUUCGAAACCCAAAAGCAUUGGGAUAUAAUGUUGACUGCAAGGGAGAUUGUAUCGCACAAUGCACAAGGUGCUGGGCGCGGUUUUAGAGUCGAAAUUUCUAUAAUUUUUUGCGUACCAAUACAAUGUUAUCAGCAAAGUCCUGUUAAAAAAUUGUACGUAUGUCACGUUGAAUACACAUUCUUGAUGUAUUACAGAUUAAUGUAUAUUAAGUCACCUUGGGAAUACAGUCUUUCAAUGUCUUAUAGCAUGCGAAUUUGUUGCAGUCAUUUGGAUGAAAAAACAAACCCUUCAUGAUA